AUGAAACAAUAAGAAAAAUUAUAAAUAUUUCUUCAAUAUUUAAACAAUCAUGGUUACUAUUAAACAAUUCAAGAACUCAUCUAAAAAACAAGUUAUAAUCAAUUAUAACAAUUAGACUCAAAAGUUGAUUCUUCAAUUGUUUCCAAGAUUACUACCUACAUUCAGAAUCAAGAUUUCGAUUAAUUGGAAUAACUAUUCAACACCUAUGUGAAUUAAGAGAAGAAGCAAAAAUGCAUGUUUAUAAUUGUCUAAAAUCAUUAUGUAGAAUUGUUGCAACAACAAAAAAUAAAUGAAGCUGUCGAAUUAUUGAGAGGUCGAUUACAAGAUUGCUGUUUAGGUUCCUAUUCUCUUAAUUCAUAUGAUAGAUGA